UCAUCCUCACCAAGAAUGUCUCUCAAGGUUGCAUUGUUCGCGGCUCUUGUGGUGGUCGCCUUGGGCCGCUCCGAACCUCCUCCUCACCCUUACUAUCCUCCACCUACCUACGGCGUCCCCACUACUGAGGCUCCUGCUCGGUACUCCUUCAGCUGGAAAGUGAAGGACGACGCUUCCGGCAACGACUUCGGCCAAGACGAGACCCGUGAUGGUCCCAACACCCAGGGCUCCUACUAUGUGCUGCUUCCCGACGGUCGUCUGGAGAAGGUGACCUACACUGUCAAUGGCGACUCCGGCUACGUGGCCCAGGUGACCUACGAGGGCCAGGUCCAGCACACCACACCCCAGCCCUACUAUGGCUAGGUCAACACCCACAUCAGGACGUUCAGAUCAUAAUAUAUAGAACGGAGAGUAAUAAUUGUGUAAAUAUAAUUUAACAAAUAAACUUCUAUGCAAUA